AUGAGAGUAUGGACGGCAUCUUUAAUAUUUUAUUUAUUUAUUUUUAUUAUUUGUGAAAUUUUACGCUAUAUUAUUGAGUAUUGUUUUGUGGGUACAUUGCAAUUAUGCACUCCGAUGUUUGAUGUUAAUUUAAUCCUUGAAACCUACGGUCUUUUCGGUGUAUUUAUUGAGAUUACGGCUAUUGAACUAGCAAAUUGUUAUUUUUUAAGAGAAGCAAUUGCACAUCCAUGUCCUUUGAUUACAUCUUCAACGAAAAAAACGAAAGCAUUUAUUCGAAUCGUCUACGUAUUUGCAAUACAAUUAAUUGCUGCUUAUUUAUCAUAUUUUUUUGCGAAAAUAUUUUGGCGAUUAAAUUUCCAUAAAAAACAUAAUGAUUUACUUGAAAUGGAACAUUGUGAUAGCGAUCUUGCUGUAACAAUAACGACAGGUUGUUUAAUAGAAGGAAUAGCGACAUUUAUAUCUAAAGCUAUAGAUUAUUUAAUUAAUGAACAUUGUGAAAGUGACUUCCAUACUACAUCAAUUAUAAAUAGUGCAUUUUCGGGCUUCAUUACUGCUCUAGGAAUUAAUUACACUGGAAUGUACGCAAAUCCAAUUGUUGCAUGGGCUUGUACAUUUAAUUGCGAAGGUGCCACACAUAUAGCACAUUUAGUAGUUUACUGGCUCUCACCACUGGUUGGUUGGUAUUUUGCUGAAGCGGUUUUUGGUGAAACGCUCUGUGAUAUUGAUUCAUUAUUUAAUGAUGAACAAACUGAAACUGUGAAAAAAAUUAAAUAA